AAGAUGGCGGCGCCCACUGAGGGCCGGUUCCGCACCCGCGACGUGCUGCUGCCCGGCGGCCCGCCUGAUUUCGGCUCGCUGCUGCUGUCGCCGCCGGUGCUGGCGGGACUGGAGGCGGCUGGGUUCCACAGGCCGUCGCCCGUCCAGCUGAAGGCCAUCCCGCUGGGGCGCUGCGGGCUGGAUCUCAUCGUGCAGGCAAAGUCCGGAACCGGUAAAACGUGCGUUUUCUCCACCAUCGCCUUGGACGCACUGUUGCUUGACAGCACGGUCACUCAGGUUCUUAUCUUGGCUCCCACACGAGAGAUCGCUGUGCAGAUUCAUGCUGUUAUCACAACAAUUGGGAUAAAGAUGGAAGGUUUGGAAUGCCAUGUCUUCAUUGGAGGGACUCCUUUGAGCCAGGACAAAGUCAGACUGAAGAAAUGCCACAUAGCAGUUGGCUCUCCAGGUCGAAUAAAACAGCUCAUAGAGUUGGACUACUUGAACACGGCCAGUAUUCGGCUCUUCAUUCUUGAUGAAGCAGACAAGCUUCUGGAAGAAGGCAGCUUUCAGGAGCAAAUCAAUUGGAUUUACUCUUCGCUGCCAGCCAAUAAACAGAUGCUUGCUGUUUCAGCUACUUACCCUGAGUCAUUAGCUAAUGCAUUGACAAUGUACAUGAGAGAGCCAACGUUUGUGAGGCUGAAUCCCACUGACCCAAGUCUCAUUGGGUUGAAGCAGUAUUACAAAAUUGUGAAUUCCCAUCCACUUCCACAUAAAACAUUUGAGGAAAAAACCCAGCACCUGCAAGAGUUGUUCAGCAAGAUUCCAUUUAAUCAAGCGUUAGUCUUCUCAAAUUUGCAUAGCAGGGCUCAACAUCUAGCUGAAAUACUAACAUCCAGAGGCUUUCCUGCUGAGUGCAUUUCAGGCAGCAUGAAUCAAAGCCAGCGGCUCGAUGCUAUGGCUAAACUAAAGCAAUUCCAUUGUAGAGUUCUGAUUUCCACAGACUUGACAUCUCGUGGAAUCGAUGCUGAAAAAGUGAACCUGGUCAUCAAUCUGGAUGUCCCAGUAGAUUGGGAAACGUACAUGCAUCGUAUCGGCAGAGCCGGGCGCUUUGGAACUUUAGGCUUAUCUGUGACGUACUGCUGCCGUGGAGAGGAGGAAAACAUGAUGAUGAAAAUUGCUCAGAAAUGUAACCUACGGCUUCUUCCUUUACCUGAGCCUAUUCCUCCUGGAAUGAUGGAUCAGUUUGAAGAUGGGGAGGUUGAAGUCAAACCUGUUGUAUACACAGGUGCUUCAGUAAAUUCUGACACUGUGUGUCUUAAACCAGAAGAACCAGUACUUCAGCCUGUCCAAAAUAAUUCUGCAGAGGUACCUCAGCCUCAUUCUAAUCUUCAGGUUGGUAAUUCUUCUGUAGAGAAGCCAAAAAAUGCUUUGGAACAAAAGCAGGUGAAAAAGUACACAAAUUCUGCCAAGGUGGAAAAAAGCAGCAGAAACUCCAAAACCUCCAGCUGCAAUAGAAAGCAAAAGAAUCAAGUAGAAACUGUCUCCAGAACGGCUGAGCCAAAUAGCACAGAGGUUCCAGAUGAGGAAGCCUUAAAGAGAAAUCUGCCCAAAAUUCCAUGCUUAUCAUCUUUCAAAAACCAACAGAACAGUCCUUGGAACUUUUCAGAGCUUGUUGAAGACUAUGAAUACUUCAUUAAAGAAGGGUUGGAGAGAGAUGUUGAAAUUUUAAGAAGCUAUUCAGGCCCAGGAGAUCAAUGUGAACUCCCCAGAAAUGGCGGUAUAGAGUGGAAAGAGGUGGAACAUAAUAGGGACACGGUAGCAAACGACGUUCUGUCUGAUGACAGUGAUGCUUCAUGCAGUUCAAGGGCUUCCUCUCACAGUAGUGGAAGUAACUCAUGCUUCGAAGCAUUUUCAGACAGGCAGGCUAAAAAUGCUGUCCCCACCACCUGUCAGGGUCUUACAGGCUUUUGUCCCACACCAGGGAAGCUGAAGGAGCAAUCACAAGUCCCAAAGCAAAAUCAGGUGAAAAAGAAAGCUCUGAAACAAAAUGCCAAAGAAAAGAAAAAACAUUCCCAUCAGUACCCUAAUCCUGUCCCAAGAAAGACUGGAGAUGGGUCCUCCUGUGGCUCUUGGGAUGAUGGUGUUCCUGGCUUUCCUCACGAGGCAUGGAGUUACGAAGACUACUGGAAAUCUUACUAUCAAGCAUGGCAGAACUACUAUGCUGCAGUUUCUCACUUUCACUACAGGAAAAGUUACAGACACUUGAUGUGGAUGAAUGCUUAUGUCAACUCGGUCUACUUUCAGGAACUGCUGGAAAGUGGUGAUUAAUGUACUGACAUUGUUUGAGUGAAGUAAACUGCUGCCUUUUUCAUGAGCAGGAUGUGUCUAGGUAAAUGUUUUAUAUGCAUUCCAGCAGUGGUGUUACAAGUUGUUAAUAAAAUGAAAUGGCAGACAACUAAA